GAGAAGGAAAUUAUGGCCUCCCCAUAAAGUCUUUCUAGGCCGGACGGGUGUUCCUCAUGCACCUUCUCAGUGGGCACAGGUGCUCGGGCAGCCACUGAUUUGCAAUGCAGAUAGAGACCAGGCUGCUGCCCCUAAAGUUCUUGGAUCUUAUAAGAGGGUGCUGACUUCCGGACUGGGCUACUUGGGGAGGAGAGCACCAUGUGAGGCAGGUUUCAUUCCGCUCUGUCUCCUACCAGCCGCUGACCCUCCUACCAGCCUCUGGCCUCCCUUGUACUCUGGCAGGAUGUCUUUGCUCAAUCCAAUCCUGCUGCCCCCUGAGGUGAAGAGCUAUCUAACCCGAGGAGAGCGCUUCAUCAAAUGGGAUGAUGAGACUUCUGUGGCAUCCCCAGUCAUCCUCCGAGUGGAUCCCAAUGGCUAUUACUUGUACUGGACAUAUCAAAGCAAGGAGAUGGAGUUCCUGGACAUCACCAGUAUUCGGGAUACUCGGUUUGGGAAGUUUGCUAAGAUGCCCAAGACCCAGAAGCUUCGGGAGGUAUUCAACUUGGACUUCCCUGACAACACCUUCUUGCUGAAGACGCUGACUGUUGUGUCUGGCCCAGACAUGGUGGACCUGACUUUCCAUAACUUUGUCUCCUACAAAGAGAAUGUCAGCAAGGAUUGGGCUGAAGAUGUUCUGGCCUUGGCUAAAAACCCAUUAACAGCCAAUGCCCCCCGGAGCAAGUUCCUGAAUAAGAUCCUAGUAAAACUCAAGAUGCAGCUCAAUCCAGAAGGAAAGAUCCCUGUAAAGAAUUUUUUCCAGAUGUUUCCUGCUGACCGGAAACGAGUAGAGGCUGCUCUCAGUGCCUGUCACCUUCCCAAGGGCAAAAAUGAUUCCAUCAACCCUGAGGAUUUCCCUGAACCUGUCUACAGGAGUUUUCUCAUGAAUCUAUGUCCACGACCUGAAAUUGAUGAAAUCUUUACCUCUCAUCAUUCCAAAGCAAAGCCUUACAUGACCAAGGACCAUCUGACCAAGUUCAUUAACCAAAAGCAGCGGGAUGCCCGGCUCAACUCCCUACUCUUCCCACCAGCCCGACCUGAGCAAGUACAAUGCCUCAUUGAAAAGUAUGAGCCUAGUGGCAUCAACAUCCAGAGGGGUCAACUCUCACCAGAGGGCAUGGUUUGGUUCUUGAGUGGUCCUGAGAACAGCAUAGUAGCCCACGACAAGCUGAUACUGCACCAGGACAUGAGCCAGCCUCUGAAUCACUACUUCAUCAAUUCCUCCCACAACACCUACCUGACAGCUGGUCAGUUCUCAGGACCCUCGUCCUCAGAGAUGUACAGACAGGUGUUGCUCUCUGGCUGCCGCUGUGUGGAGCUUGACUGCUGGAAGGGAAAGCCUCCUGAGGAAGAGCCAAUCAUCACCCAUGGCUUCACCAUGACCACAGAUAUUUUAUUUAAGGAUGCAGUAGAGGCUAUUGCUGAGAGUGCUUUUAAGACCUCACUCUACCCUGUCAUUCUGUCCUUUGAAAACCAUGUGGAUUCGCCCCGACAACAGGCCAAAAUGGCAGAGUACUGUCGGACCAUAUUUGGGGACAUGCUCCUCACUGAGCCCCUGGAUAAGUUCCCUUUGAAGCCAGGAGUCCCCCUCCCCAGUCCUCAGGACCUUCUGGGUAAGAUCCUUAUCAAGAAUAAGAAGAAUCAAUCCCCAGGUCCCAUUUCACCCAAGAAGGAAUUGUGUGCAGAGACAGAGGACUGCAGUCAGCCCAAUCCAGCUAUGGGUGAGGACACAGCUCCCAUUCCACCCAAGAAGGAACUAUGUACAGAGAAAGAGGACUUCAACCAGUCCAAUCCAGCCAUGGGUGAGGACAUAGUAUGGGUUGGUGAAGAAGAAGCUGAGCUAGAGGAAGAAGAAGAGGAAGAAUCAGGUAACUUGGAUGAAGAGGAAAUAAAGAAGAUGCAAUCUGAUGAGGGCACAGCUGGCCUGGAGGUGACAGCAUAUGAAGAGAUGUCUAGUCUGGUCAACUACAUCCAACCUACCAAAUUCAUUUCUUUCGAGUUCUCCUCUCAGAAGAAUCGGAGUUAUGUCAUCUCUUCCUUCACGGAGCUGAAAGCUUACGACCUGCUCACCAAGUCCCCUGUGCAGUUUGUGGACUACAAUAAGCGCCAAAUGAGUCGGAUCUACCCUAAGGGUACCCGAAUGGACUCAUCUAACUACUCUCCCCAGAUGUUCUGGAAUGCAGGCUGUCAAAUGGUUGCCCUCAAUUUCCAGACUAUGGAUAUGCCCAUGCAGCAGAACAUGGCACUGUUUGAGUUCAAUGGGCAGAGUGGCUACCUUCUCAAGCAUGAGUUCAUGCGCCGACCAGACAAGCAGUUCGACCCCUUCUCUGUGGACCGCAUCGAUGUGGUGGUGGCCACAACUCUCUCCAUCACGGUAAUUUCUGGGCAGUUUCUGUCAGAACGAAGUGUCCGAACUUAUGUGGAGGUGGAGGUGUUCGGUUUGCCUGGAGACCCCAAAAGACGUUACCGCACCAAACUGACACCCAGUGCCAACUCCAUAAAUCCCGUCUGGAAAGAGGACCCCUUUGUCUUUGAAAAGAUCAUGAUGCCAGAACUGGCCUCUCUGAGAGUGGCAGUACUGGAGGAAGGAGGCAAAUUCAUUGGGCACCGAAUUAUCCCUGUCCAUGCCCUGCAGUCAGGAUACCACCACUUGUGCCUCAGGAGCGAGAGCAACAUGCCCCUCACUAUGCCUGCGCUCUUUGUUUUCCUGGAAAUGAAAGACUAUGUGCCUGAUACCUGGGCAGAUCUGACUGUGGCUCUUGCCAACCCCAUCAAAUUCUUCAAUGCACAAGACAAGAAAUCAGUAAAGCUGCAGGACCCUGGGGAUGACGCUCCUGACAGGCUUUUGCCACUCAGAAACUCAGCUCUGGGCCAGGCCAAUGGGACCCUCAUCUCUGCAGGUUCCUCUAUGGCCCCUUCACCCAAUGGUCCUGCAGCAGCUAUGACCUGGUUCAAGGAAGAAGCAAUGAAAGAGGCAGCAGAACCUCAGACAGCCAGCCUGGAGGAGCUACAGCAGUUGAAAGGGUUCCUGAAGCUUCAGAAAAGACAGGAAAAGGAGCUUCGGGAACUGGAGAGACGGGGAGUCCGGCGCUGGGAGGAACUCCUGCAAAAAUAUGCUUGCUUACAGUCUGAACUGACCACCCAGGGUGGAUGCAGGAAGUUGUCUGUCACAAAGGGAUCCCGGAAGAAGAGAAACUUGCCUUGGGAGGACACCCGUGAGGCUGGGCAGGGGCCAGUGGAAGGGCCAGAAAGUAUAGAUGGGCGUGUUCGAGAGCUGAAGGAGAAGCUGGAGACAGAAUUGUACCAGCAAGGGGAGGAGCAGUAUGAAAGCAUCAUGAAACGCAAGGAACAGCAUGGCGCAGAGCAAAUCACCAAAGUGAUGGAGCUGGCCCAGGAGAGACAAGCUGCUGAGCUUAAAGCUCUCAAGGAGUCUGCAGAAAGCAACACCAAAGAAAUGAAGAAGAAGCUUGAAGUCAAAAGGCUAGAACGGAUUCAGGCCAUGAGCAAGAUCACCAGUGACAAGAUGGCCCAGGAGAGACUGAAGAGAGAAAUUAACAACUCACAUAUACAGGAAGUGGUUCACAUCAUCAAACAGAUGACAGAGACCCUGGAGAGACACCAGGAGAGGCUGGAAGAAAAGCAGGCAGCUUGCUUGGAGCAGAUUAGGGAGAAGGAGAAAAAGUUCCAGCAAGAGGCACUGUCUGAAUAUGAGGAACAGAUGAAAGGCCUGGAAGCUAAGGUGAAGGAGGCAGUGAGAUGCUGCCUCAGUUUCCCCCAAGAUGACCAAGACAAGAAGUUGGAGACACCCAGUGCUAUAGAGGAAACUUCAGAGGAGGCAUCUUGCUCAACCGAAGCUUCUUCCCAGCUAGAUAGCCGUCUCUAAGUCUAAAGUUCUCCCCUCCUAUUCUGGGAUGAGGCAGGGCUUCAGCUAGGAAAUAGGCCUCACACCCUGUUGUCUCACUGAGAUACCUGCCCAUGUUCCUUUAACAUAAAAGGAGUCCAGAGUACAUACUAGCCAGAGGGAAGUGGGGGCUGUAACAGGCCCAUCUUCAAUUUCUGACAUUCAACUCUCUGGGACAAAGAUCAAGAGGCAGAAAGGGUGGGGUGCAGUUUGAGGACAGUCCCUUAGGAGUCAGCACUGGUCAGGACUGGGAAAAAGAACAUUUUUGACCUGGAUGGAUCUUGGGAUCUGUCAGAAGAGCCAGCCUCUGUGAUUAAUUGUGCUGGUGUUAAUUGAAGUGCUUUUAUUUGUCUUUGCCCCUUAUCCAAAUUAGUUCUCUUCUACUGCCAUCAAUUCUCAAGGAAAAUCCAGGAUUAUUCCUUCCAGUUCUGGGCUCUGGAUAGAUCUUCCCUGCUAGGUGAACCCAGAAUCUACAACCUUAAAAUGUAUUGAAUUUUUCCUGGCUUGGAACUGUUUCAGAUUAAGGGUUCUUCCCAGGAUAGAAGGAUCAGAUGUCCCUUCCUCCUUAUCACCUACUGAGAGAGGAUGACUCAGGAGGAGUAUCCUCCCUUUCCUGGCCCCUUUUUUUCUUUAGGAUCCAGAAAACAGUCUAAGAGAUAGCAGUGAGGGGGUAGAUGAAUGAUUCAAGAAACCCCAAUGUCUAGAGCUCAUCCAGUACUUGGAUCAUCCUUCCCUCCUCACCUCCCUUGUCCUGGAGAUAACUAACUAUAAGAUUUUAGGAUUAUCUCAUCCUUUCCCUUGACUUGUCUAUUCAUUCUGCACUCUCCUCCCUUUCUCUCAACCUCUCUCCAUCCUUUCUUCUUGCCUAUGGACAAAGGUUUCUCUCUCUUCACCCCCACAAUCUCCAUUAGAGGAAACUGCUUCUGAGGGAUGGGCAAAAUCAUUCGUGGUCAGGCAAGGUUGGGGAGGAAGAGUCACUCUCUGUCCCAUAUCAUUUCAGAUUAUUUAUUAUUUGUUUUCUUUUUGAUUCCAUUAAAGACUGCUAUUAUCUACUAAA